AUGGAACUGCACCAACUCCAACAGGAUUACAAAGCUCUAGAACUCCAACUUCAGGAUUUAAACACCAAAUCCAACUACCAGAUUCUGGUUCCCGUCUGCGGCUCAAAUCAAGUUCUCAUCCCAGGGCGCAUUAUCAACACAAAUGCCGUCCUAUGCCAACUUGCUCAAGACCAUUUCGUACGAAGGACUCCAGAUAACUGCCAUCAUAAAUCAGUCACGCAAAGAAGACAAAUGGCAGACGCAUUGUUGGAAAAUCAUGAUAGACAAAUCAAAGAUCUCCAGGACAAGCAAAACGUGCUGCAGCAGGAGCGUAGCUCGGAAACAAUUCAGACGGCUAAGGGAUCUGUAACGCGUAACGCAGAAGGGUACCUUGAAAUUAUCGAAAGGGAGGACGACGUUUCAAGACAUUCCAAAGCUCAAUCUAUUGAGGAAGUGAAGUCCAUAGCUGAAACGGAGCAACCUAAGGACCAGAUUACGAAGCCCAAAUCUUUGGUGGGAGAAGUUGUCGAACGGGAUCCGCCUGUAAGGAAUGCAGUCGUUAAAUGCGUGCCUGUAAUAGGACGGGUACCUCUUGUUGAACGCAUGCCCGCCGCAGAGCGGAACCCAACUACAGUUGCGCCCACGCCAACAGAGACUAUUCAGAAGAAGAGCAGGUUCGCGCAAGAAUUCGGUCGCUAG